AGUCUUCUUUGAAUUUAUAUUUAUGAAGAUCUUUCGCUUUCGCUUAUUAACUUUUCUUCAUUCUAAUUCCUCGCCUAUUGUACAUUCUGCUAUUCCAGGAAUUUUCCAGGAUUCCUUUAUUGAACAGGACAAUAUUUCUUAUUCUAUGGAAUCAACAAAAUCUUAUGAUAUACCCAUCUUGAGAGAUGUCCCUGGUUCAUUUUCUGACUAUUAUAGAAAAUAUUUACAAUGUUGUGGUAUUUUUGUUCCAAAGGAGGGCAAUUCGAGUGGCCCUGAUGCAUAUGUUGUAUUCCAGAAUGGACAAACACGUUAUGUUGUUGGAUUUUCAUUCAAAUUUUAUCACAAAACUGGAUUUUCGAAAAGCGAUAUUAAGGAGGAAUCAGAACAAUUUUUUAAGGGAGUUGUUUCCGUUUUGAAUGACGAAUCUCUUUCAUCUGUUCAACUUUGUUUUCAGUUUGUGGUGGUAGUUUGUACUAGUUAUGAUCGAUCUGUGGGUUUCUCUGUUGAAGAACAAAAUAUUGUUGAAGAUGUAAGUUAUUUGGUUACUAAACAUUCUUUGAGGUCAACUUUGAGUGAAAGUAGUCGAUCAUGUCUGCAACUGGUAAUUGUUUCCCAAAGGAACCUUGAACGAUUUUUGGGAAUAAAAAAUUACGAAAUUUUGAGGAAAAUUGGCGAGGCAAGCCGAGGAGAGUUCAUUAAAGACUUUUCAGUAUGGUGCAAAACUCUCUUUGAGUCGAUGUCCAAUGAAUAUGUUUCGCCUUUGGAAGCUGCGCAGUCAAAUGUUACUUUAAGAGUAGCUCGAAAUAUAAGACCGAGAACCAAUGAGGAGAAUAGGAUGCAAGUGGAAGAGCUUCAAAGUGCUAUGCAAGUGGAAGAAGAAGAUACACGAAGCGAACAAAGGGUUGCAGCAUCCAGUUCUUUGUCUUCGUCAUUUGAUUGGAAUACUUUCUUAAGAGAACGUUGUGGUCUUUCUGAAGAAGAAUUUUCCGUUUGCUUUAGGAAACUUUCAAGAUUUGGCAGAGUUUCGCUUUCCAGACUCGAUGAAGAUUCAUUACUUCGCAUGGGUAUAACUGAUCCCAUCGUAACAUCCAAACUGCUUAUUGGCAUUACUGAAGAGUUUUCUCAUUUCAAACUCUGAACGUAUUUGUGUUUUAUUGUGUUGUGUGAUAAGACAAAAUAAAGUUUGGAGAAAGCUCUUACUACCUGAUGCUAGUUACAUUGAUAU